AUGCAAGGGACGGUCCCUUACUACCAGUCCGGUCAUCAACACUUGAUUUGUGCCUGGUGCGAUAUAUGGCAACGGAUAUUGCCAAACUACGAAAUGACCCGCAUGUACCGAGACUAUGGCGAGGCUUUUGAUCACAUUCACGAUUUCUUCCGCGGCGUCCCGAUGUCAGCUUACAGCGUCGCUCAAACAAUCCGGGGUGUUGUGAAAUACAUAGACGGGGCGAACGAGCUACAUUACAGAUCUCCUCGUCUGAAAGCGCUCACCACUGAGCUGUUACUUUUGGCAGAGCUGGUUCGUUGCGGCGAUUUCCAGCGAUCAUAUUCUCGCUUGCCAGGUGGAGGACCGUAUUAUCGCAACGAUAGAUUGCUGUUGGGACGCUGA